AUGUUCACGCUCCGGCUCCACGUCCACCACCCAGGGAGAGCGAUUCUCGAAGCCGGCGGCUCCACCAUGAGCAACAGCGGCAGCAAGGAGCUGUCCGUCAAAGUUGUCAUCGGGUACAGCAGAGUCAAGGAGGUUCGGUCCACUUGCAAUCUUGCGCACAUCGGUACCUUGACCUGUGCCGUGUUGCAAGACGAGUCCGAUGAGUGA